AUGGUCCGAACUAAACAAGCAGCAACUUCUCGUUUUGGAGGGAGAAAUAAAGCUCCGUCUGUAGCUUCUUCAAGUUAUUUUUAUGGUAUGUUUCAAUCUUACUGAAUAAAUCAAUUUUUAGGUGCAAAAUUUGAUGGAGAGGUACCGUCAAAUGGGGAAUCUCAACUUUUCUCCAGUGGAAUAUCGUCCCAAUCUCAGUCUCUGGUCCGGCAGUUGCGAGAAAACAGAGACCAUGGUCUUGUAGAAUAUUCAAGUCAAUUUUCACACAGGUAAUUAUCAAUUUUCUUUAAGAUUAAAAUAAAUUAGGAACAACACGAAAACAGAUGCGAAUGGAAAAUUGUUUGCAUCGCAAAACAGCACAACGUCCGGGGUUCUAACCCAAAGUCAGAUUCCAGAGAAGUCUUUAAUUGUGAAAAGACCACAGGUGAUGGCAAUGAAGGUACCUAAAAUGGAUUCUGGAAUUAGGAAGAGGAAGUAUCGCCCUGGAACAAGAGCAUUGAUGGAGAUUAGGAAGUUGCAGAAAACGUGUCACCUCCUGAUCAGAAGGGCGCCUUUCCUGAGAGUUGUAAAGGAUAUUGUCAGAAAUUGUUCAAAGGGGAUUGAUUACAAAAUCCAGUCGGAGGCAGUGAAUGCAUUGCAAGAGGUAUGUUUAACAUUUUGAGGUGUUUUAUCAUUUUUUCAUCUAUUAGAUAAUUCUGUUUCAGGCAUCGGAAGCGUUCUUAGUCACAUUAUUUGAAGCCGCCAACAUGUGUGCGAUACACGGGAAACGAGUAACGGUAAUGCCACAGGAUCUUCUUCUUGUGAAGAAUCUAUUGUCCCUGUUCAAUGUACAAAUAUAG